GGAUAGAUGUCACAUUAUCUUCUGUCUCUCGCACGCGCGUGCGGUGUGCCUUUAACGCCACCGUGCGCCUCGCGCUCGCGCUCUCGCACACGUGUGUGUGUGUGCGCGCGUAAAUACGUAUGUGUGUGCAAUGAACGGGUAUGCGUCGUUUGAUUUGCGAAUGCGUCUACGUUCACUAUGUUGUGUGCGUGCGUACGUGCAUGCGUGCGUGUGGAUGUGCGCGUGCGCGCGCGAGAGAUCUUCCACGACCGCCGUGUUAAUGCCGCUUCCUUCACCCGUGUCAACGGGUCGUCGCGUUUGACUGUAUUCACGCGUUGAAGAAGCGCAACGUGGCGCGUGUGUGUGCCUGCGCGCGCGCGCGUGUGGGUGUGCUGUGUCGGGACACUUUGUGUAUUGUCAUAUUUUUCAAGCGGCAUAUUCCGCGGUGCUUGACAACAUUCUACGACUUUAACGGGACGGAGGACGACGGUGUCCCCUCGCGUCUCUCUUUGUUAGUGAUACGCUCGCGCGCGCGUGUACGUUUCCGAUCAAAAUCAAACUAAACGCUCCUACGUCUCUACGACUAUCUCUCAUUCUCUCUCUCCUUCCCUCCCUCUCUCUCCCUCUCCUUUUCUCUUUCUCUCUCUCUCUCUCUCUCUCUCUCUCUCUCUCUCUCUCUCUCUCUCUCUCUCUCUCUCUCUCUCGAUUGACGCGUUAAUGUAGUUUGAUAGCAAAUUGAUCUGCGGUAAUACUCCGUUUAGGGGUCCGUGCGCCUGUUACGUGAAUGUACGUCACUUUUGAUUUUAUUUAUCGGACGAAUAAUUCUUCGUAAUUAGCAGUUAAUAGUGUAUCUCUUAAUACGAAAUGAAGAUUGUUUUAGUUCCUCGGGCACUAGAAGUUUGCUAGCUAGCUCAGCAAUUGUAUGGCAGGAUAAGUAGUCUAAGUCCCAAAUGUUACAAAUAUGGACAUUUUAAAUCUUACAAAAAAGACUGCUCGUUAAGAGAUAUAUAGUCACAGAGUUGGAAGAAAAAAGUUUUGAACUUGAUUACCUUAAGGCGGCAAUGAUAAUACGAGUCUUACCACAUUUUACAUUGGAGCGAAGGGAUAAGUGUAGAAGUGUAAGGAAAUAGGGAAAGUAAAUUUUGUGAAAAAGAAUUUCAAAUAAAGUUGGUUAUGUGCAAUGCCGAGAUGCUACAAUGACAGCAAGACAGUGAGUUCAGUGAACAGCAACUAUAAGCACGGUACAGAUGAUAUUAUAUUAACGCAGUCGCAUGCUUUCUCGAUUGGAAGUCAAUUGAACGUGGACGAAGAUCCCCCAGUAGUUGAAAAGUCACAUAGACGGUUGCGGUGUGACCUAAGUCCUGUCCCAACAAGUGCAAACUCUAAUUUAAACAUCAAGUUUCUCGGUUUAAAGGGUAAUAAAGGUGUUCGUCAAGAUCAUCAGGUGAGCACUGGAUCUGGGGGGCACAGAGAAAGAAAUAGGGAGAUUAAAAAGAGAGCAGCUAUAGGCAAUACAGUGCGUGGAUUCUUUUCAUCUGGCCACAGCAGGCAGGACAGGUAUGAGACAAACAGGCAACGUUCUUCAGGUGGAACUGGCGGUGGCUUGUCUAGUUUAUGUCCUAAGCUGGUGGCCAGUGGAAUCUCUGACGGACAAAGUGGCAGUAAUUUGGGAGUGGGCCACUUAGCCUCUCCGGAAAGCGGAGUUGUCCAAAGGAUCCACGCACACACUCACAGACGCCAAAGAAAGCUAUCUAUUGUCACACAGGCAGGUCCUAGUGCCAACACUACUGGUGAUAGGAAGGUAUUAUCCAAUAUAAGUCGCUCGGCUAAUAUCUCUAAAAAGCAAAUUCGAAUACAGCGACACGAUCAAAGUACUGAUUCUUUAUCUAUAACUAGCAACGGUCUCGCGACUAGUUCGCCAUCUUGUAAAAAGAAAGUACUGUCUGCCUUGCGUAUCUCUGAUCGAUCAUCUACCCCAAGUGUGAAUUCAUCAUCUUUUGAUCAUGAAAAUGAUCGUAGUUUCAGUGAUGCUGAAGAAGCACUCGCAGCAACGGAGAAUGCGUUUACAACACUAGGUUCUAGUUCUAUACCUUCUACACCAGUUAGUAAAGCAAAGUCUGCAAAAUUGGGCAAGAAUGAGGAAGCAAAUGUGGAACAUGUUCCUGUCGAAUGUAGCGAUUCGUCAAGGAAUGCUGCGGAUGUACAACACGUGAUUUUAAAUGAGUUUGAACAAAAAAAUGUUAUGUCAAUAAAGUCAUCUGCAGUACAUGAAUUACACGCGGUUAAUCAGGAAAGUAUUAUAAAUGAUAAGCAAAAAUCGUCGAGUUCUACCCUUGAUGCCAGAUCUAUUAGUAGUAGUGACCAAAAAGUUCUAAAACAUAAAAAUAUAAAUUCCGCAGAAAAAAUGAUUGAACAUCAUAAUAGUAAAGAUAUUGAAACAGCCAAUGUAGAAAGAGAUUUAAACGAUACCACGAUAUCGAUGGAAAUGAAUUCCACAGAUGAUAGUAAUGAAGGUAAACAAGGAAAAAAUAGAAAAUCUGAAGAGUACAUAGAUGGCGGUGAUGAUACAAAUAAAGAAAUUACAGACCCUUUAAAUGCUGUAAGCAGCACUAAGGAGGAGAAGAUAACGAGGGUCAAGAGUAACGUAAAUUUAAGCGAAGAAGUAAUUAAGAAUUCGAGGUUUGUAACAUCAAAAGUAUUGGAGGAGGUAACGGAUGCAGAUACCAAGACAGUGGAUGUGGAAAAAGGGGAGGAGGAAAGGGUGACGAUAUACGAUGACGAUGGCACCAGUAUCAGCGACAUAGUAGCAACACAGGCGCUUCAUGAAUCUUUAAGUAAAUUAGGCAAAGUUCCGCCAUUAGACUCCGAGAUAGAUGAGAAUACAACUUUGCGAGACGAGGCAAAGAUGAGGGAACAUUCCGAGAAAGAUGUAGUCACGCAAGAAGAAACGGCGGAAGGUUUUAUCGGUCCGUUACUCGACGAAAAUUUUAAAGCGGAUGAGAAAUUGUCGCAAAAAACAAUGGCAAUGGAGGAAGUGCAAAAUUUAUUAAUGAAAGUUAAGGUACAGACCGUCGAAGACGACGAUGAUGAAGAGAAAGCUGUCGGUAUUUCACCGGACGGGAGAUUUUUGAAAUUUGAAGAAGAAAUAGGUCGUGGCAGUUUCAAGACUGUUUAUCGCGGAUUAGAUACCCAAACGGGUGUAGCUGUAGCUUGGUGCGAACUGCAAGAGAAAAAGUUGAACAAGACAGAGAGAUUAAGAUUCAGGGAAGAAGCAGAAAUGUUAAAGGGAUUACAACAUCCGAAUAUUGUAAGGUUUUAUGACUAUUGGGAAGUUACACUUACCCGUAGGAAAUAUAUUGUACUAGUCACUGAGCUUAUGACAUCAGGAACAUUAAAAACGUAUUUAAGAAGAUUUAAGAAGAUUAAUCCCAAAGUAGUAAAAUCUUGGUGUCGGCAAAUCUUGAAAGGCCUGAGCUUUCUUCACUCUAGAUCACCACCCAUUAUACAUCGUGAUUUGAAAUGUGACAAUAUUUUUAUCACGGGUACAACGGGAAGCGUGAAAAUUGGUGAUUUAGGUCUUGCAACGUUAAAGAAUCGUAGUUUUGCAAAGAGUGUUAUUGGUACGCCAGAAUUUAUGGCGCCUGAAAUGUAUGAGGAGCAUUAUGACGAAUCGGUCGAUGUUUAUGCCUUCGGAAUGUGUAUGCUCGAGAUGGCUACUAGUGAGUAUCCAUAUUCGGAAUGUACGGGGCCAGCACAAAUAUACAAACGCGUAGUGUCGGGUGUUAAACCGCAGAGCUACGAUAAAGUCGAAAAUCCGGAAGUACGUGAUAUUAUAGAAAUGUGUAUACGUCUGAAGAAGGAAGAACGACCGCUCGUUAAGGACUUACUUAAUCAUGAAUUUUUCGCCGAUGAUGUCGGAUUGAAAUUGGAGAUGGUUUCGCGAGAUUCGGCGGUCGCGGAUACUGAGCUGUCGCGUGUUGAGUUUAGAUUACGUGUUCUGGAUCCAAAGAAACGCAGCAAUAAGCACAAGGAAAAUGAAGCGAUACAAUUUGACUUUGACAUACAAGCUGAUAACGCGGAAGAAGUAGCGCUAGAAAUGGCAAAAUCUAGCCUUAUAUUAGAGGAAGAUGCCAAAGCAGUGGCUAAGAUGUUGAAGUCGCAAAUUACUACUCUACUGCGAGAACGAGAAGAUCGUAAAGCCAAAGAAGAAAAAGAACGCUUGGAUAGAGAAAACGCUGGUACAACUACAGAUGUCACAGCUAACGCUGCAAACGCUGAGAGCUUGCUACAGCAACAACUGCUUCUUCAGCAGAUGCAAUUACAGCAACAACAGCAGCAGCAACAACAGCAGCAACCACAAAUUCAAUCUAAUAUUAAUAUACAGAUGCAAAAUCCAGUUUCGAUGCAGUUGCCACAAACUCAAAUGCCCAUUCAGCAACAGCAAUUACAGUCGACUGCUCAACAAGCUCCACAACAUAAUUUACAAGCACAACAGGUUCAGUUGGUCCAACAACAACCGAUAAUCCAACAGCAAACACCGGUCGUGCAGCCUCAACAAGCACAGCAAAUACAAUACCAACAACAAAUACAGCAACAAUAUCAGCAGCAACAACAGCAACAGUAUCCUCAGCACGUCCCACAGAGUUUGAAUGCAAAUUCUCCGCAAUGUUCGACUCCGCAAAAUCUUCAAGCUCAGCCUCAAUUUCCACAGGUGCAACAGCAACAGCAUGUUCACCAGCAACAGCAAUAUAUACAAUUGAAUCAGAUGAGCGUUCCACAACAGAUUCCUCAUCAGAUGCAACAACAGAUGCAGCCUCAAAUGCAGAUAUUGCCUCAACAACAGCACAUGCAUCAACAGCUUCAACAACAGCAAUACGUGGCGCAACCGCAACUUCAGCAUGUUCAGCAGCUGCAUCAACAUACCGUUGGUUCGCCGCCCGUUCAGAAUCAGCAAUAUUAUCAGCAGAGCGCUGCUGGCUCUUCGGGAUACGUAUCAGCGGGGUCUUUGUAUCAGCAAACAGCAAUGCCGCAACAAAUAUUUCACACUUACACUACGUCUACUAAUCCUUCUGGUCACGUAGAAAUCUUAUCGUCUACCCAAACUGCGACGCAGAUUUAUUCUCAUACGAGUUUACCUGCCGCGGGUACGGUGCCCGUAUCGUCGCAGUCGCAAUACAUUCCGUCGGCAGGUGGUCAGGUUCAGACACCUAUACCGUCGGCUAUAGGUGUCAACAAUACGUCAACUAUGCCGCAUAUGCAAAAUGUUUCGACUUCAACGAUUCCCAAUAUACAGAAUGCACCCACUUUACUUGGCAAUCCACAGCCUCAGUCUCAACAAAAUAUUCUCGUGCAAAUGCAGUAUUCGCAAAGCACAAAUGUUAUGCCCAAUUCCAUGUCGAUAACGCCCAAUAUGGCGAACAUUUCAGCGCAGUCGUCCAACAAUCUACAGCAGCAACAUCAACAUUUUCUUUCAAAUGUGGAUCAAUGUCCUACAACUGACAGAUCUUCAUUGAUAAAACAGGAUACAAUGGAUUCGAUACAGUCUCUGCCGCCAGAUCUAUCAAUUAAUUUACCGCAAGAUCAAAUUACUGUACCUGCUCCAGUCGUAAUGAGCGUUGCACAGCAGACUGUAGCGUCAAACGAUGGAGUCACACUAGAAAAUUCCGAGAGCGUUCCUGCUUCCGAGAGAAGCCGGAUAAAACGUUCAGGAACUAAACGUAAGAAACCGGGCAUUAAAUUAACAGUCUUGUCUGUCAGUAGUGGUGAAGGACAAUCAAUGACUGUCGAGUGCCAGUUAGAUACAAGUAAACAAAAGACUGUUACAUUUAAAUUUGAUCGAGACGAUAUGGUACCAACGGACAUUGCUAACAAUUUGGUUGCUGAAAAUCUAUUGCCGCAAUCUCAAUGCGAGACUUUCAUAGAAUUAAUUGAAGACAUUGUUAAACAAUUGCGCUUGGAUCCUACGCGUACUCUGCCUUUAGUAGCACAUGGCCCGCCCGAUCAGUCUGCUGGUGGAAGCCCGGUUACAAGCCGACGUCCUAGGGAUCGCGAUCACAGUCUCGAUACAGCUAAGCAGGUGAGACAUGGCUCGCUAACACGUCAAAGUAGCCACCGAUCGUCGUACAAAGUCCAUCGUAGGCACCGUUCGAGAGACGAAACUUCAAAUACUUCUACUCCAACGAAAUUAUUGCCGAUCGAUCAGAUUAUUUCUCAUAUCGCUAAUACCACUUUGGAGAAGCAACAAGUCGCUCAGACCCCUGACAGUCAAGCCGGUGCCGAAAAUACGUCAGCGGAAGCUUCCAGGAGAUCAUCCACAUCUACACAAAAUACGGACACAUUAACACCUACAAAUAUACCGAGUGACCCAACUGACAAUCAAGAAACUGUCAUUUCUGCAACGUCCGCGAAAACAGUUGUAGAAGCACAGAAUAAUAUUCAAGAUGAUGCUAAUAAUUCGGCCUUCAAAUCUUAUCAAACAUUUUUAACACAUGCUCAGACUCAAAUACAAGAUAAAACAGUGAGCGUGGGUUAUGCGAGUGAGGUAUCGAAAGAAUCUCAAGAGCAUGACGUAGUAGAUAUAAAGGAAUCUGGAAUAACUAAAGAGAUAAAUACGCCCAUAGAUAUUAGUGCGGAGGUAUCAACUUUGACCGUACCGACGCCAAUGCGUAAAAUUUCUCGCUUUUUGGUUAGUCCUGUGCUCGAACAAAAAAAUAUUGCCGCUGAUGAGGAAUCUUCUACCGUCGGCGAAAGAGUAGAUUGUAUGAAUGUCACGACGUCGCAACUAGCAUCGCAGCCCGCUGCGCCUACUGCGAAUGUGGAACAGUCUAUAGUGAAAAAUGAAGAACACAUGGAAGCGAAUGUUUUAGAAGUUCAGAGUGUGGCAACUCUGGACUCAACUAGCAAUAAUGAAAUGAUGGUUCAGAAUAUUCCGUAUGUCAUGGAGCAGACAGACAGCACGCAACAGAUCUUACAGCCGGGACAACAGUCGAUUGGAUUGCAGCAGAACAUUAUUCAAAUGCAACAAGUAACGGGACACGUACAACAAACCACGACUAUCGGGCAAUCGAAACAGCAUACCAUAAUCGUCCAGGGAUCUACGAUAACGUCACAGCAAACCUCUCAACAGAUACCUCAGACUAGCGUGCAGCAUUUCGUGCCGGUCAAUUCGCAGGAGUUGCAGUCUCAACCGCUCCAUUCGAACGGAUUAGUUCAGACGCAAGCGCAGUAUUCGAAUCAAGCAAUGAUGCAACCAGGCGUGAUGAUGCAACCACCGCAACAGCAAAUCCCUAUGCAACAGGGCAUAAUGCAGAUGCACGUACAAGCGGAACAGAUGCAACCUCAGCGUCCAGCAGUGCAGCAAUUUGUCCCGCAACAGAUGCAACCUCCGACGCAGCAGUACGUUAUACUAUCGGGUCCUAUGCAACCGGUACAACCGAUAACGACAAUGGACGAUCGAAAUCGCAGAGUGUCGAGUUUACCCGCUACGUCUAAUGUCCAAUCCUCAGACUCUCAAAUUUCGGAAUUGUCCGGCAUAACCGAAGAAAAAAGGCAAGUUACAAACUCUAGUAUACCUGUGACACACAUGCAACAUGUACAAGUUGUUCCACAAGACAUCUCCGGUACAGUGCCAUUGUCACAGAAUGUCGUAGAAGCCACUCAACCUCUUCAUCAAAACGUGCAACAAGUUUCGGGAACUUUACCUCCAUCCAUGCCGGUACCUGUUACUACUUCUGUGCAUCCGGUCGUGACCGCUACCGAUACUUCUGCACCUAAAGUUGCCAUUAAGACGAAAGAGAUAUCCUCGACGCUUCCAGAUCUUGCGCAAAAUUUAGCCAACAUACUUUCGAAUCCCAAGUCCAAAUCUACUACGCCUCAUUCUUUGGCCAAUCAUGAACAGCCUGCUGCUGUUUCUAAUGUCGUUGCUCCCGCGUCAGUUGAUUACAAGCCUGUGCAGUCCGAACAGUAUUUUCAGCCUAUCCAACCGGAGACGAAUCAGCUGCAAAUUCAACCGCCUAUUCAACAUAAUUAUCAAGGGCAGAUUGUGCAUCAGGGAUAUCAGGGACAACAGAACUUUCAGCAAGCGUUUCAAAAUCAGCCAGUGCUUCAACAAAAUCAAGUGCAGUCGAUACCACAAUCGAUCCCGGUAACGAUUCCUCCUCAACAGAUUGACGCGCAGUCACAGAUGGUGCAAUCUAUGCUUCAAAAUGUGUCGAAUCAAUCGACCGCUCCAGGAAAGUGGAUUGUAACUAAUCAAGCUCCCAUACAGCAACCGAUGCGACCAAAUCAGCCGCAGCCACUCCCAAAUCAAUUGCAGUUACAACAAAUCUCUUUGCAGCCACAAAUGCAUCAACAACAGAUUAUUCAAGACCAACAGCACAAUGAAUCUUUUGUCGUCAAUCAAUUGGAUCAAUCACAUUUACAUUUAAAACUUCCAGAACAGCAGCCAGCAAAAUCUUUGGAAAUUGAGAAUCCGGAAUCAUCGAGUUUAAAUUGUAUACGUCGUAUUAGUUCCGAUUGUCAGUUAAUUACAUCGGAAAAUGAGAAUUCCAGUCACGAUGUGACGCCUGAGCACACUCUUGUUGAGUCCAUCGAUUCUACAUCGAUUCUGCAACAACAAUUGUCGCAAUCGCAGCAACAGCAACAGUUACAACACCGAAAACUCAGUCAACAGAAUUCAUUGGACAAAAUGUCAGAUGUAAAUGGCGUCGGAAACAUCGGAGGUGGUGUAGGACCGCAAACUAUAGCUGAUUUACAUCAGAAACUUGUACAAGUGACUAGUCAGCCGUCGGAAUCGCUGAAUGUCGGUACACCACCUAUAAGUUAUCCCGCCACGCCUUAUAAUAAUCAAAUGGUUGGAGGAUAUGACGCGUACAUGCAUUCUUUGCAGCAGAAAUUGUUCAAUAUUGGCGUGCCAGUUUCGUCCGCGAAUGCCGCAUGCCCGUUAUCUCCUCAAACAACAAUACAUUCCUCCAAUAUUCUCACCGAUACGCAAGCCGACACGACUAUCGAAGGUUCUAUUGUAACGCAGGACAGUUCUAACGCAUUUGCACUUUCACAAACUAAUGCAGAAUGUUCUCUUGACAGUCCAAUACCAGGAGCUCCCGUAGGGUCUGAAAAUAUGAGCCCAAGUAAAGAAAAUGUAAAGAUACGAGCUCAAAGACCGGGAUCCCGUUUACAGGAACUGGAGCAGGAAUUGGCGAAGAUUCAUAGAGGAUCGGUUUUCGCAGCGACGAUCCAGCCGUUAACACCACCUAUAUCUGCACAAACGCAAAAUUUGUUGACGACUGCACAGUCAGUGUCUAUGAUACCUGUGGCUACUGUUACUCCUAACAUUGUGACACCGCGGUCUGGAACCAAUACUCCAAUUCAACAAACAGAACUUCAAGAUGCUACUAACGAGAAGACAAACCCUAUUCAACCUACUAGAAAGAUAUCAAGAUUUGUGGUUUCUAAAGUUGCUGGCCCACCUGUUCAUAGCAAUGCUGCUAUUAAUCAACACGUUGAUAUUGGAAGAUCUCAAUUACAAACAGAAGAAUUAAGAACGUCAGAACGGCAAAAUAUUCUGUCUUAUACAGAUGAUCUACAUGGUAUAUCUGCACAAAUAUCUCAUAGUCGAGAAAAUUCUGUUCCACCUGUUAUGCAGGCAACUCAUGGUACUAAUAUUUCAAAUAUUGAACCUGAAAAAGAAGACAGAUUUGUGGCUCUUACACCGAGUGAAGAAUAUCAAUUACUUAUAAAGAGACAAACUUUGGAACUAGAAACACUGCAAAAAAGACACAGAGAAGAGUUGGAGCGUUUCCAACAACAUCAGCUGCAAUUGCUUAUACAGCAACAAGCAAGCGCACUUCACCAUCAGCAUCAUCCGUUGCUCUAUCAUACGGUUGCAACAAAUAUUUCUGGACCUAGAAUUCCAGGAACAGAGGACUAUCUGAUGUUUAGUACAGCACCACAGACUCCAUUGCAGAAAGGGUCGAAUAAUUAUCCGGACACGGAAGAGACUUUACGACUGGCCAUGCAGAAAUUGAAGCAAACUCCGCUGCAGCUUCAACCGCAGCAGGCAUCGGCUGGAAUACCGCAUGCUUAUGUUAUUCCAAUUCCAGUAGUGCCUUCUGAAAGUAUGCAAAGUGUAGUUUCUCAGCAGGGUAAUAACUGCUUGAAUGAUGUAUCCGAGGGCAUCGAUAUGACUUACAGCACGGCGGUUGGAAAUCCGACGCAGUACCAAUUCGCUCCUAUAUUAUCAGAGGGAACGAAUAUCCCGUCGACAACCGGACCGUUACCCGCGUCCGCGUCUCUAUCGAUAUCCGGCGCGACAAGCGCCUACAUUCAAUAUCAUGAGAGCCAGCCGCUACCGAAUUUUCAGACUUUUACCUGCACUCCCCAUGGCGGUUUCUUUUUGCCACCUGGUUAUCGACUGAUAUACACGCCGCCCACAACGCAAUCUCAGCCGACAACACCCGCUACAUCUCACGUGACAAAUUCUUCGCGUGACGAUACACCUCCGACGGCGGAGCUGCAUCAUUCAACCACCGCCGAAAAUUCAACUGUUCCUCCUUCGCAUUCGGAUCAAUAACGCAACAUUCGGCUCAUACGCUUCUAUAUUUUUCGGUCGAUCUGCGUUCGUUUUUAGUUUAACGCUCCGUACCGUUUAUAGUGCAGUUUCGCAUCGUUAUCGUCUCGAAUGUAACCCGAAUACAUAAUUUGCUGUGAAAUGCGCGCGCCAUUGCUAAGACAUUAUCAUAAAGGUGCGAAGACGAAUUGGAAAAAGAAAAAAAUGUGAGUGGAACUAUAUAUAAUGUUUUUCGGUGUACAACGCACUUGCGUAUAUUAAACAAGAUAUCAAAUAUUCUCGCUAUCUGAGCGUGUGCAUGAUAUUAUAUGUGCCUCGCAGCGGAAGUGAAGCGGAAAUAAUGUGGUAAGAUACUGCGGAGAGUGGUAUAUAUUGUGUAUAUAUGUAUGUAUAUAUGUGUGUGUGUGAUGUAUGUGUAUACACACACACACACACACAUAUAUAUAUAUUAUACAUAUAAUAUAUAAAUUUUCCGAAUGCAACGCAGGAACUUGAGAUAGAGGCCUUUACAUGUACUGUGCUUCGAUGCAUCAAAAACAAAAAAAGAAGAAAAAAGAAAACUCUUCCUUCGCUGAGACCUCUAAGGGAUUCUAUUGCCUGACUCCUUUAGUAGCACAGCUCACAUUAGUACAGGCCUCCGCUAGUCUUACGAUUGAAAUGGCAUAUGGCCAUUCUGCUCGGUAUAUGUGUAUAACUGUUACUGUAUGCUGAAUGUGUCGGAAACAGACCGAGUGAGUGAUAGGGGCAAGGGGCAAAAAAAUGGAGAGAGAGAGAGAGAGAGAGAGAGAAAGAAAGAAAGAAAGAAAGAAAGAAAGAAAGAAAGAAAGAAAGAAAGAAGGGAAAAGGAGUGUAUGUAGCGCUUAUACGAGUAUGUAUGCGCGAAUGCGUAUGUAUGCAUAUAAUUGUGCGGGUAUGUAUGUGCUGGAGAUAAAAGAAAAAAAUAGGCAGAGAGAAAUAUGAUUAAUAUAGUCACUGUUAUGCUUUAAUGUAUUUCUAGCGAUUUUGCCUAUUUCAAUUAAAGAAAAAAAGUCAUGUGUUACUAGUUAGCAAACCCAUAUAUCUCGUUUACUAUUUUAGUGAUUAUUAUCUUCUUUUAAAGCUGGUAGUAGCCGUUUUAUCUACCGUUGUUUAUUUUGAUAUAUAUAUGAUGUACCGAGAUAAAUUGUCCGAUGCCAUCUGUAAACCACUGACAAAUGUGUGUUGACGGUUUGAUUAUUACCUUUUUAAUUGAUCUACGUGAUGUAUCACUGUCAACAUACUGGAGCAACGUAUUAAAAAUUUCCUUUUUAGUUCUUGGUAA